AUGGAGGUUUCUAUUUCCCCGCCGGCCCCUCUCUGCGCGGCGGCCGCAAAACUUGCGGGUGAAUGGCGGGCGCGGCGGCGCCAAAGUGGGACUCCUGGGGGGCUGGGCCCAGCGGAGCCCGAAGACGCGCGCGGCUGGCGCUGCCCGGAGCACGGCGACCGCGUGGCUGAGCUCUUCUGUCGCCGCUGUCGCCGCUGCCGCCGCUGCGUGUGCGCGCUUUGCCUGGUGCUGGGCUCGCACCGCGGCCACCCGGUUAGUCUGGCGCUGGAGGAGGCGGUGCGCGUGCAGAAACUCACCCAAGAAUGUUUAAAGAAUUUGACAACCAAGAAGCAGCAGCAAGUUGGCAACAUAACCCAACAAGAUGCUGCUGAGAAGCUCAAGGCUCAUGCAGAGUCAAGUAAAACCUGGCUGACAAGGAAAUUUACUGAACUCAGAUUACUACUUGAUGAAGAGGAAACUGUGACCAAGAAAUUCAUUGAGAAAAACACACAGCUUGCCCUGCAGGCGUACAGGGAGCAAAUCGAGUCUUGUGGGGAGCAAAUCGAUGUCAUGAACAAUCUCUCCAACAGGGUCUGGAAUACCAGCCGGGAACCCAGUCCUGUACAGCUGCUGCAGGUAAUGCUGGGUUUCUGCCCUCACAGUGGCCACCAGCCGCCACAUUUCAUCUUGGUUAAUGUGGCACUGAAUACAGUAUUCACACACUUCGGGGUCCCUUUCGAGGUGGUGAGCAACUUCAGGGCAGGGGCAGUCAGCUUGCCUUCUUCCUCGAGGCAGGGGUGGGGGGGACUGCCAAGGCUGUGGUCCUCGGGGCUCUGCUCCCAGGGGCAGGGCCUGGGGUGGCAGCAGGUGCCACGGUCAGGUGGGGCCAGUGCUUGCUGGCUGGGUUUGUUCCUGGGCACAGUGGUGGAGGCUGGGACGCGGCUCCAAGCCACCCAGAGCCCCACGUGCCCUCGCGCGUACACGGCCGCUGAGCAGCAGAUGAGCCUGGGGGAGUCAUGCCACCCCGUGCCCCACUCCUUUGAGCCCGUCAAGAGCUUCUUUAAGGGCCUUGUGGAAGCCACGCAGAGUCCGCUACAGACGCCACUGGACGUCCGCCUUAAGGCGAACGUGAACUGCCAGCUCUCGGGCUCCUCCGGCGCCCAGCCGGGUUCCCUGCUGAAAACAAGCCCCUCACCAGAGCGAUCACUCUUCUUAAAAUACGCGCGUACGCUCACGCUGGAGGCAGACACGCUGCACUCGCGCGUGCGUCUCUCGGCAGACUGCUUGAAGGUGCGUUGUGGCCACCACGGCAACCUGGGGCUCAAUCCUGCGCUGCGUUUCGACGCGCUGUGGCAGGUGCUGGGCCGCGACUGCUUCGACGCCGGCCGCCACUACUGGGAAGUGGACGUGCUGGAGGCGGGCGUCGGCUGGUGGGUGGGCGCGGCCUACGGCUCCCUCGGCGCCUCUGCCGCAGCCCGCUUGGGCUGCAACCGCCAGUCCUGGUGCCUCGAACUAUAUGACCUCGAGUACUGGGCCUUCCACGAUGGCCAGCGCAGCCGUCUGCGGCGCCGCGACGACCCCGACCGGCUCGGCGUCUUCCUGGACUACGAGGUCGGCGUCUUCACCUUUUACGACGACGGCAUGAUCCACCUGCACACCUUCCGUGCCGCCUUCCAGGAGCUGCUCUACCCGGCCCUGCGGCUCUGGGAAGGGGCCAUCAGCAUCUCCCGACUGCCCUAGGGGCCGACACCUGAGUGGCCGCCCUAGGCUCUCCGCGGCUCUGGUCUCAUCCGAUCCAGACAUGGCUGGUCUACUGCCGCCUCUUUCCUUUUUGCCAGGGAGAAGGGGGACAGUGAUGAUAGCCUGGUGGAGGAGACGCAGCCUAGCAGAGGGCACACAGAGGUGGCCCAGCGCAGCCAGGGCAUGGUGAGCAGGAGUCCAUACCACGAGGAGGGGACAGGCUGCCCAAGAAGCCAAGCUGCAUAUGAGGUGGGACGGGAGAAGUGAAAGGGAGUAAACAGCAGCCAGAAAUGGAUGCCGUCACACUCCAGCUCCUAGCACGUCAAUCUUACGGAUUCUCGUGAGUACAACCGUGGAUUCCCACCCCACCCCACCCACACAUACAAACACGAGUCUCCUUCCAGAAACUGUUUUGGGAUCCCCAGGAGAGGGAGGCCCUAUCCUCACAAAUAAAGAAACUUCAAAGAGCAAUUUACACAUUCGAAAAGAGACUCCAAGAUACACUUUUUUUUUUUUUUUUUUUUUUUGAGGUACACGGGCCUCUCA